AUGACGCAUAUCCGCCCGGGACAAUUGAUUCGAUGGCAUUUCACUGAACAGCAGGCCCCCGCGUCCCAGCCCCGCGUUUUCAGAGCGAAAUCCAAGAAUGGCGGCAAAUCCCUGCGAGACUCCCUUGAGAAGAUCGGCCUCUCGCUACCGGCCGGACGAAGAAAGGCCGGAAGCGUCACCCUCCUGACCUCGCUUGUCGAAGGAGAAGCUCUCCACUUGGCGCGCGACUUUACGUACGUCUGUAACGCUGAAUUCCCCGCCGCCGCCCUGGCCGAUCACAGCACGAGGAGAAGUGAUGAGGAGCGAGAGACCCGGAUAGAGCAGCUACGACAUGCCAAAACCAUCCUCCGCGAGUUCACCGAACUGCUCCAGUCCGACCGGUCGCCGAUGCAGAACAACCAGCCGGACUCGCUACUUGAUAAUGGUACCCAGGAAGCCCUCACCGGCUUCUCCCUAUCAACACACGGUUUCGGAACACCCGCUGUCUUGGCAGCGAUGAACUGCUUGCAAAAAUAUCUCGCCGAGUGCAUCGACCGAGUCAGCGAGCCCGAACCUGCGCAAUCAACCCCCGUUGGCCCGGCCGUUUCCGGCCUGGACCUCUCCAUCUUCCAGUCCAACCCGACGUUGGCCUCGAUCCUCCAGGCCGAGCUGCUGAAGCUGAACAACCUCCAGAAUACAAAAUUC